AUGUCACCACUAUCUAAAACUUUUGGCUCACAAACUUUGGUAGAUACAACAUCACAAACUACUAAAAAUGCUACAUCGUCUUCUCAAAUAUUCACCAAAGAAACAGUACCAUCAAUUCUCGAAAUAAAAAAACAGAUUCCUUCACAAUGUUUUUCUCCAUCAAUAUUAAAAUCACUUCAAUAUGUAAUUUUAGAUUUAUCAAUAAUAGCCGUAUUGUUCUUUUUAUUUUUUUUCAUUGAUAAAACAACCUUGAUCCCUGAAAUCGUCAAAGAUUUAUUAAUUCUUCCAAUCUACUCGUUUGCCCAAGGAACAAUGUUUUGGGCAAUAUUUGUAUUGGGACAUGAUUGUGGGCAUGGAAGUUUCAGCCGUUAUCCUUUGUUUAAUGAUAUAAUUGGUACUUUUCUACAUCUUUUAAUUCUUGUUCCAUAUACUCCUUGGAAGUUAAGUCAUCGUCACCAUCAUAAAAAUACUGGUAAUAUUGAUAAAGAUGAAGUAUUUUUCCCUGUGAGAAAAUCCGACACAAAAAAUACGCUCAGUGGCAAAGAAGAAACAAUCGUUACACCUUAUUUCGCCUUCGGUAUUGGUUGGGCUGUUUAUUUGAUAAUAGGCUAUGGUCCAAGAGCUAUCUGUCAUUUUAACCCAUUAGAUCCUUUUUUUAAAAACCAUCGUACCGGUGCUUCUAUUUCAGUGAUUGGUGUUUUCUCGUUUUCGGCACUACUUUAUUACUUGUCAACACUUUAUGGACCUUGGAAUAUCAUAAAAUAUUAUUUUCUUCCUUUGUUAAUAUUUGCCUCUUGGUUAGUAAUAACAACAUUCUUACAUCAUCAUGGAGUUGAAAAUAAUUUAAAACUUCCUUGGUACGCUGAUGAACAAUGGUCUUAUGUGCUUGGAAACCUUUCCUCCGUGGAUCGUGAUUAUGGUCUACUUCAUAAUGUGGUGCAUACCAUCGGCACACAUCAGGUUCAUCACCUAUUCCCUUCAAUUCCUCAUUAUUAUCUCACAAGUGCUACAGAAGCUUUUCAAAAUAGAUAUCCGCAAUUAAUACGCGAAUCAAAAGAACCUAUACUGAAAACAUUCAUCAAUAUGUAUCAUGUUUGGAGAUCUCAAUAUCUUAUUGCGGACGAUACAAAAGUUUUUGUCUAUCAAGAAAUAAAUGACAAGAUAAAUGAUUCAAAAAAACAAAAUUAA